AUAAAAGUCACCAAUACAACUAAUCUUUACUCACUUCGCCUCUAUCUCUACUCUUUUCUAAAUUUUCUCUGCUUUGAUUUCCUCCAACCAUGUCUUUCUUUGAUGCCUUGUCCGCCAUAGGAGAAGUUGUUGUCUCCAAGUUCUUCGACUUUCUCAUAGACAAGUUGGUGUCUUCUGACUUACUGCAAUUUGCUACCGAGAAGAAGAUUCACGAGGGGAUGGAGAAGUUGAAGAAGGAAUUGCUGGAGAUUCGUGCUGUGCUUGAUGAUGCUGAGGAGAGGCAGCUCAAAGAUAAGUUCGUCAAAAUCUGGUUGUUCCACCUCCAAAUCUUGGCAUACGAUGUGGACGACGUCUUGGACGAGCUUGCAACCGAAAUUUCGAGACGCAAUUUGAUGAUGGAACGUCGAGGUAGCUCAAGUAAGAAACCAAGACUCAUGAUCACUGAACCACUCGGUGCUGUUAGUUUUUACAGGGACAUGAUGUCCAAGAUAAAUGAUGUCACUGUCAGAUUGAAAGCUUUAGAACCAGAGAGAAAAAAGUUACAGAAGAGAAUGAAGGACUGCCAUAGAUCCAAAAGGAUAGAAGGACGGCUGCAACCUACUUCUGUGGAGAUUGAAACUCAUGUGUAUGGUAGAGACAAAGACAAGGAGAAAAUACUCGAAUUGCUCGUCGAGAGUGAUGAUGAAGGAAAGGUUGUGAUUCCCAUCGUUGGCAUGGGAGGGAUUGGUAAGACAACUCUUGCUCAGCUUGUCUACAAUGAUAAUCGCGUGAAUGAUUAUUUUGAUCUCAAAGCAUGGGUAUGUGUUUCUGAAAAUUUUGAUAUCACGGAUAUAACAAAAUCAAUUUUGUCAUCAGUUGGCCAUAAGUCUGGUGAUGCUGAAGCUAAUUUGAAUAAUCUUCAAAUAAAAUUGAAGGAGAAGCUCUCUGGAAAAAAACUACUUCUCAUUUUGGAUGAUCUUUGGCAUCAAAUCUAUAAUGAUUGGACUAUCCUAGUAGCCCCUUUUGGAAAAGGAACUACAAUUAUCGUGACAACACGCGACCAAAGUGUUUCAAGAAUGACGAGAACUAUCCCAGAUGAUUACAAGCUGCAAAAGUUGCCAGAUGAAGAUUGCCUUUCUGUAUUAACUGGACAUGCAUUCCAAGCAAAAGAUUUUAGUGGCCAUCCGCACUUGAAAGAAAUUGGUGUAAAGAUGGCGGAGAAAUGCAGGGGCUUGCCUUUGGCAGCUAAGACCAUUGGAGGCCUUUUGCGCAAUGAGGUGGGCCUUGUUGUGUGGAAAGAUAUACUAGAAAAUGAGGUGUGGAAAGAGGAGGGAUGUAACAUAAUUCCAGCUUUACGACUAAGCUAUCAUCAUCUUCCUCCACAUCUAAAGCCAUGUUUUGCUUACUGUGCCAUAAUCCCCAAAGAUUAUGAAUUUUCUAAGACAGAAAUAGUCCGGUUAUGGAUGGCAGAAGGCUUUCUACGAGUGAAAGCUGUGAAGCAAAAUGAAGAUUUGGGUCAAGAGAUCUUUCAGGAACUUGUAUCAAGGUCAUUUUUUGAAAGAUCCAGUCAAGAUAAGUCUCGAUAUGUAAUGCAUGAUCUUAUUAAUGAUUUGGCUCAAUCAAUCGCCAAAGAUUUAUGCUUUAGAGUGGAAGGUGACAAGGAAUUGAACAUUUCCAAUAAUGCUCGCCACUCAUCUUACAUUGGUGAUCGGAGGGAUGGAAUUAAAAAAUUCCGAGUCUUUAAUGGAAUGGAGCAUUUAAGAACCUUCUUACAGUUGAAGAUGCCAAAUGACGGGUAUUGCUAUAUAUCUAAUCAAGUUCUCAGUGAUUUGUUGUCAAAAUUGAAAUGCUUAAGGGUGCUUUCUUUAGAAGGGUAUCGCUUGACCAAGUUACUUGAUGUUUUUGGAGAUUUGAUACAUCUGCGUUUUCUCAAUUUUUCUCGCACUGAAAUCAAAACUCUACCUGAUUCAAUAUGCAAACUUUACAAUUUAGAGACUUUGAUUUUGUGGGGGUGUAAAGCUCUUAAGGAGUUUCCUUUAGAAAUGAGAGAUUUAAUUAACCUAAGGCAUCUUGAUUUUACUGGUGCAAAUUCACAAAUAAGGAUGCCGAUGGGAAUUGGUGAGCUAACUAGUCUCCAAACAUUGACAAGAUUUGUUGUGAGUCAAGAUAAUGGCCUUCAGAUACAGGAGAUGGGGAACUUGUCUAAUCUAAAGGGUGAACUGAUUAUUUCAGGAUUAGAGAACAUUGUCAAAGCUCAAGAUGCAUUGGUGGCUGGGUUAUGUAAUAAGUCAAACCUUUCUGAUUUAACUUUGGAAUGGAAGUACUCCCGUGACGCUUUUGCAGUAGAAGAAAUUCAAUUUCACAUGGACGUGUUGAAUUCACUCCGACCACAUGCAAUGCUUGAAAGGCUCACCAUCAAAUAUUACGGAGGUGAAACAUUCCCAAGUUGGAUAGGAGAUCCAUCGUUUGAAAAGCUAUCACAUUUGGAGCUGGAUAAUUGUCCAAAUUGCACAUCAUUACCAGCAAUUGGAAAAUUACCACUGCUAAAAUCCCUUUUUAUCGAGAACAUGAAUAAGGUGACUGUUGUGGGUUCUAACUUUUUUGGAGAAAAUGCGUCAAUUGCAUUUCCAAAAUUAGAGGAAUUAUUUUUUUAUAACAUGCUUGAAUGGAAGGAAUGGGAUCCUUGUGAAGUUGACGGAGAUGUGUUCCAACAACUCCGCUUGCUCUCCAUUUCAUAUUGUCCCAAGUUGUUAGGAAGUUUACCUACUCGUCUUCGUUCUUUGGAGGAACUUGUGAUUCUUGGAUGUCAAAAACUGAGAAGUCUAGCUACUUGUCCUCCUUCAUUGAAGAAACUUGAGAUUCGUGAAUGUGAGCAAUUGGUAGUUUCACUUCCUGGCCUUCCAAUGUUGUGCGACUUAACAAUUGAUAAGUGCCAAGAAGUGGUGGGUGCGAGUUUUACAAAUUUUGGCUCACUCAUGAAAAGUGUCUCCCUUUCAAACAUUUCGAAAUUCACUUGUCCAAGAGAUCUGAUGUUAGGGUUGAGAAAAGCAGAAUCUCUUUCUAUAGGUAAAUGUGAGGAACUAAUUUCUUCAUGGCAGAACCAGGAAGGAUGCUCAGCAUAUCCGUCGGCUCUUCGCUUUUUGAAAAUUCAGAAUUGUUCACAACUUGCUUCAAUAGGGGUUGAGGACGAAAAGGAAGAGCAAAUGCAAUUGGGAAUCCCUCGCAAUAUUGUAGAUUUGGGUAUUUCUUAUUGUGAAAGGCUAGAAAGGCUAUCAAAAAGCCUACACAGCUACACAUCCCUUACGGUGCUACAAAUUAUAAGAUGCCCAGGAUUGAUUUCAUUUUCAAAGGGAAAUUUGCCUGCAAAUUUAAGAAGUUUAACCAUUAGAUGUUGCAAGAAUUUGCAGUACUUGCUGGAUGAAAGAGAAAAUGUCAGCAUCAACGGCACAUUUUUUCUAGAGAAAUUGGAAAUUGGAGAUUGUAAGUCUUUCAUAUCUUUAUCUGCAGGGGUGGAGUUACAAUUAAGGUUUGUAAGUUUAUCCAUUGUUGAUUGUAAGAAUUUGCAGUAUUUGCUGGAUGAAAGAGAGAAUAUCAGCAUAAAGCAAUUGACUAUUGGAGGUUGUCCGUCUUUGAUAUCUUUAUCCGCAAGGGAUGAGUUACCUGUUGAUCUUCAACGUGUAACCCUCUAUGGUUGUCACAAGUUAGCUUCCUUAUUAUCCAAUGGCAAGUUACCUAAGGGGCUGAAAUACCUCUGUAUCAAUAAUUGCGGAUCUCUAGAAUCGAUAGCACCUGAAAUUGAAGACAACUCUUCUCUUGAACAGAUGAGUAUCAGCUUUUGUAACAAUUUUAGAUCUUUGCCUCGUGGAUUCGACAAGCUCAACCAUCUUGAGGAGAUUUUUAUUGGUAAUUGUCCAAAUCUGAUUUCCUUCCCAGGAAGUGGAUUGUUAACCCCUAAACUCAGAAAGCUCCAUCUUUCUAAGUGUGAAAAGCUCGAGGCCUUACCCAACUGCAUGCACAACAUUGUCUCUCUUGAAGAAUUCUUGAUAUUUAAAUGUCCAAGUGUGGUAUCUUUACCAGAAGAGGGGUUCCCUACCAAUCUCAUUUCACUUACAAUCUCGCAACUCAAGCUCUGCGAGUCAGUAAUCGAGUGGGGUUUGCACAAACUCACCUCUCUUAAGCAUUUCUCCAUCAACAGUGCUUCUCCAGAUGUGGUGUCAUUCCCUCAUGAAGAAAUGCUUCUACCCCCCUCUCUCACCUCUCUCACCAUCAUCGAUUUUCCCAACCUUGUAAGUCUGUCCUCCGAGGGCUUUCAACAUCUCACCGCUCUCAAAUCAUUGCACAUCGAACGUUGCCCCAAGCUCAAAUCCCUUCCGAAAAAGGGAAUGUUUCCCUCACUUUUGCAACUAGAAAUUUCUAGUUGUCCAUUGCUAAAACAACGAUGCAAGAAGGAUGAAGGCCAAGAAUGGUCCAAUAUUGCCCACGUACCUGAUAUUGGAUUCGAUCAUUGUUUCAGCGCUUAUUAA